GGGAGGUUAAAGCCACUUCUAUUCUACGUGAUGCCUCAUCACACAAAGGUACUUUGUAUCUGCUGCAGGGCCUUUCCUAUUGAAGCAUAGUGUGCAUAAGUAUCUUACCUCAACUUUGCUACAUACCACACACUUCGAUGCCAAGCCUGAUCUGCUUGCUCCCUUCACUCAUCCAAAGGAGUAUUCUAAUCAGCAAAGCUCGGGGUAUGAAUCAACCAAUCUCAUCACAGACACAAACUUCACCCUCAUAACACCCCAUUUCCAUGAACCACUCAGCACCACUUGUACGGUGCUUGCCAGCUCUGCGGCUUUGCAUUCGGGAAUAUGCAAGCCGCCCGCGGCCUCGUCUGGGGAACACACUGAGUUUGGAACAUGUAAGUCGCUCCCACUCAUCUCGUAAUGAGGAUGAGUUUUCCAAUCUACCGUCUCUACUUAGUUUCUCCAAAGAGCCCGAGUUUUGGCCUUGUACCGCACCAUCAUGCGGGCGACCCGCCGGAUUCCGGACCCGGCCACGCGUGCCGAGACGAGAAGGAUGGCCCGCGCCGAGUUUGAGAGAAACCGCCAUGUCACUGACCUUGUUCGUAUUCCUCCUUGUCCGAUUUCUCAAUUUUGCUUGCGUCCCUUUUGCUACUGACACUGGCCUGUCUCACUCACAAGGACCACAUUCGCUAUCUGCUCUCGACAGGCAAGACAGAAUGGGAAAAUAUGGAGAGGUAUAUUGAUGGUCUGUAACUGUCGAAGAGACCAUAUCUCGCCUCGGCCUUCACCCACCGAAGAACCGUUCUCUUGUUCAUGGGUCGCAUUCCUUGUCAUUUGGCUGAGGCCGUACGCGCUGGUAUCAUCCACACGACCAGACCGUUUCUGGGUUCGGUUUAUCCCAAUCUCGUUGCUGAAUCGUCAUGACGGGCCAUCCCUUAUGCUGGGCGACAAGAAAAAAAGGCCCGUUAAAUGCCAGGUCUGAUAUACACGUCUCCGUAUCGGCAUGCGAGUCGGCGCUCGUUGUUCAAGAUGGUCCUUUCGCCUAACGUAUCGUACAGCCCAAUCCUUCUAUGUAGACCCGAAAAUAAAACCACAAGACCAAGACCGUUGUUGAGCGCUCGUUG